AACCUCAAAAUGACUGAGUUGUCAAAUUCCCAAAAUAGUAAAAUUAUGGAUGAUAGCAAAGGAACUCCUGAAAGUGACUUCAGUAUAGAAUGUUUUCAGAAUUACACAGCUCCUGAAGUAUUCAUUCAAGGUCUUGCCGGAAUUGUCGAUCAACAAGAUGUGGAAUCAAUGAUACGAGCCCAAAAACAAAUGUUACAGAGAUUUGAGAAGACCAAUGAAAUGUUAACAAAUUGCAAUGCAUUAAGUGCAUCAAGAUUGAAAUCAGUGGGACCCGAGUUCAAACGCCACAGUCAGAUAUUGUUAGAAGUAAAAAAAGAUUUAGACUGUAUAUUUAAAAAAAUUAGACUUAUCAAAUCUAAACUGUCAACACAAUUUCCUGAAGCUUUUGCAGAGGCUGCCAGAAGCAGUUUUGCAGAGGAAUGCCAAGAGGAUGAAGAAAUUCAGUAUAAAGAUAAAAAACUGAAAAACACUCAGACUGAUAUAAAAAAGGAUGAUGCAUUGGAAAAUAGAAGAAGCCUUCAUAUAAAAACAAAUGAAUCAGAGCUAGUCGAUGUUAGUCGAAGAGCUUCAAAGUAAAAUAAAAUUAUUAUUAUUAUAUAAUACAUUUUUUUAUUGGUGUAAGACAAAAUAACAAAUAUAUAAUAUAUAUCGUUAUCUGGUG